GUACAGUCGGCAAUGCACCGUAUCGAACGUGCAAAGGCCAAGGGAAGAACAGAUGUCGAUCUCAACGAUGAAGAAAUUGCAGCUUUGGAGCGACGACGCAAGCGAGACGAGGCCGCGAAAAAGAAGAAGAGCAGCAAGAGGCGCAAGGACUCAUCACGAGUCGCCAUACCUCUGACCCAGCUCGAGUCUUCUUCAUCGCGCAAAAAGGAUUCAUUCACGAGCCAGUCAAGACAGCCAUCUCGGUCAAACAGCAACCUUACUGAGGGUCAGGACCGUCCUUCGCGCCCUUCUCUGGGUAGUCUUCCACCAACAUCAUCAACAGGUCGACCACGCUCAGGCACUACUACCUCAUCUCAAAGCCGAGUGAGGGCGCCAUCUACUAGUCGACAGCCUUCCGAUAGUUCAGCUGUUGUUCGCCGAGGCAGGAACUCAAGCCAAGCACCCGCGGACCCUUUCCAGUUCCAGGUUCCAGGUGCCCCGCGUGGCUCUGGAUCCCGAAAGAGCUCUCGCCCAGUCCAUGAUGAUGGCUCAAGUGAGAGCGACGAUAGCGAUGCAGAGUAUGUUGGAAGGGAAGAUUCGAUCGAGACAACUUCCAGUGAUGGCAGUGGUGCUCAGAUCGUUGUCGAAGAGUCAUCUCCUGAGCCUGCCAAGCCCGAGACUAGCAGGAGAAACCCUACCCGAUCUUCUACUUCGUCCUCUACAUCCAAGCGAAAGCCGACAACAACAACAUCAUCCAGUGCACGCCGGAAGAAAUAAAGAGUUAUGAUACUAGGACAAAGAAUACCCCGGGUUAGAAAAGCAGUCUCUAUUCAGUGUUGAUAAAUUAUCUACUUAUUUGCUCAGAUUGAAAUAAUCUUAUUGUGAUUCC